AUGCAUAAUAGGCUUUUGCAGUGGAGAUUUGCCAAUGCUCGGGCUGAGACAUCAAUGGCUGCUGUCAAGAGAGUUGCACAGAAGAAGUUUGUGAAUGCAUGGUUAAGAAUAUCCUUGACGAGAAAUAUGAUCAUAGAAAAGAGAAAUCAAGUUUUAAAGCUGAAACACCAAAUCAAAUUAUAUGAGAUUAUGAAAUCCCAGAUGAAGUAUCAGACAGAAUGGUCAAGAAUUGAAGCCAAAAAUUGUGCAGCUGUUGGCAGAGUGGCUAGAAAACUCUCAGCUAUAUCAGUUUCUCUCCCUUUGGUUGAUGGUGCUCAGGCGCAAGUAAUGACAUUCUAUGAUGCCAUAUCGAUGGCCACCGGAGUUAUGGACAGCAUAGAAGCUAUGAUCGUGGACAUGUAUAGGCAGAUUGAGACGGCGAGCUAUGUGCUGGUAGAGCUUAUGAUCGUACUAAAACAAUACAAGCAAUACUUUGAGGAAUUGGAAAAGAGUAUUGCAAUAGUUUCAAAUUUAGAGGUACGAGAGAACAGUUUGAGAGUUGGAAUAGGAAGAAGGGGUACAGCUGCUAGAGACGGUGAGGAACUUAAGAGUUAUGAUAGAGGAAUUAAUGAGCUGGGAUUGGGAAUGGACAUGGACAUGGACAUGUACACGGUGGGGCUUGGGCUGGGGCUGGGGACAUGGGAACUUGGAUAG